AUGGCUUCUUCUGGAGCUGAAUCGACAGCAAAUACAGAUCAAAAAGAUGAUACACGAACAAAUAAACCUCAAAGACGACAUUCAGCAAGAUCUAAUUUAAGUACAGCUCCAGCAAGAACUCGUACUGCUAGUACACGUCAUAAUAAAUUAUAUCGUGCUCCACCAACUCCACCACCUGAAGUACAAUUUGAACGUGAAAAAAGUUUUAUACUUGAUUGUAAAGCUGUUUCACAUAUUUCAAAUGAUUAUUCACCAGCUAAUCCAAAAUAUGGUUCUGUUAUUCCACCAUAUAAUUCACGAUAUGAUCAACAUACGGAUAAUUAUUUUAAAUUUUUUGGUUUAAAAAGUACAUUGAAAAAAACUGGACAACAUGAGGAUCAUGAAUCCAUUCCUGGUCAUAUACAAGAUCGAUUUUAUGCAACGGGACAUGGUUUUCGUUAUAUAUCACGUCGAAAUACAAAUGGUGCAGGACAUUCAAUUGAUGAAGUACGUGGGCAUGAUCUGUUUUUAAGUGAUCCAAAACCUGUAGUUAAUUAUCAUGGACUUUUCGGUUAUCGUCGUAAUACUCCAUCACUUCGUCGACAACCAACAAUUGGUACAAAAACCAUUGACAUUAAAGGUAUUGUUCCAUAUGGCCGUUUUUCGGUUGUAUGCUGCGGUCAACCUUACGCUUAUAAUUGUCAAUGUAAAUUUGAUCAACCAUGUCGAUGCCAUAAUCAAGAACAAUUUUGUCGAUGUAUUCAUACAUAA